AUGCACUUGACGUCAAUUUUCUGCUUUUCUCGACCCCAGUGCCUCGGGCCGUUACCGCUCGUGCAGCACGAGCUCUCUAGGAUUUCCGCGGAGUCAGUGGCAGCCGCUGAGGAGACUGCAGACGGCGCCAAACCGGAGGACAGAGAACGUGCUUCUGCCAGUGGCACUUCGGACAAAAAGGUCACUGCAGACGGCACCUACGCCACGCAGUCAGCUCUGACGAUCCGUGAGUCGUGUUAAUUUUAUUUACGCAGCUUAGCACUCCCUGUGGCGGAUGGUUACGCAAAAGGUAACCUCUUACGUUCGAUCGCGCAACAUCCUCUCUCCUUUGCCACCUUCUUUCAUUAACUCUCCUCGCCGGAGGGCAUUAUGUAUGUCGACAUGCCUGUUUUUGAUAGCGUAAGAUUCGAUGUAGUGCUCGGUACUGUCCGAGCAACGCAUUUCUCGCUUUUACGCAAAAAUGUACCGAAAACAAAAACGUAUAGACAGUUGAGCUGACGCGAGGGUCAGAGGUGGUUAUGUGUCCCCACCUCUAGUAAACAAACCCCAGCCGCCCGUAAUUCAGGACCAAUGGUAAUAGGGGUCUUCGCAGGUGGGGCCAGGGAACGCACAGGCGACGACGUCAAGCAAUUUUAUGAAAAAGAAAAGCUAUUGGGGAUGCGCGGUUGUACUUUGAGUGAUUGAGAAAUAGUUGCCCUAACUCCUAACACCUUACUAUAGCCCCUAACCCUAACCAAACAGUAUUGUGUCCAUCAGGCGGGGCUACAUAACCACAUCUUACCGACGCGAGAGUAAGGCUCUCGGUGAACCCUGUAAAAGCUUUAUUUUGGCCAAAGUUUAUUUCUCUGCUUCAAAUUGUCACCUUAGCCCCCUUUUCUCACACCCGGUGCUCAUAGGUUUUCUUUACUUGUGAUCUUCCAUUCUCUAUUUGGAGCUUUUAUCAAAAGGUCCGCCAAGCUUGUCAUUUACUUUUCGCCAAUAGGUUAGGCGAAAACUAGACACGGCAAGUUUGUUCAGCCGGACAUUGUCACCGCGAUAAUGCGUGCCGAUUGAAUGUUAUCUCAUGCUUUUCUGGCACAUUUAUAACUCGCACUGUCAGCUCGUUCUCUCAGAAUAUUCUGGCAGUUUCCGACGUUUGAUGACAUCCGGUUUUAGUCCGCAACAUGUUGCAUGUCGACAAAGCCGCCAACAUUGCGUGUUCACUCCUCAUUUAGUUACAGUCGCUUUUGGCUUGGCACAUAUAUUAGGCACCUUACAGUACUAGGUCUUCAACUUUUGCCGUUUUAUAAACGAAAGCAGGCAGCUGGCACGUAACGCAGUAACUCAUUUGACAAUGAUGCUCCGAAGGAGAGAAAAAUUCGAGAAGCAUGCUUGAAAAGGCAAGUUUUCGGGGAUAGGGAAACUCGAAGGUGCCCCACGCGACGGCAAAUCCUCAAAAUUCUAGAGAACCUUCCGAAAUAACUUUUGUACGGUAGUCUCCGGAAGGAUCGCUUCGGGUUUGGCUGAGGAACUGGGUGUUUCGCACAAUGCCUGGUCGAACUACCUACUUACGAUUGGGAAAUGGUAAAAUUUAAACAAGUCUGCCCCUUAAUUUGGCUCAACAUCAUGUAAAGACUCGAGUGGACAUGUGUUCUUAACUCCCACUGAUAACUGAAUAGGACUCUUUGCUAGCACAUUUUUUUUAUAUUUCACCAGAAUGGGUUUUGUAGGACAACGAGGAAAGGUCUGUGUCGUGACCCGAUAGGGAUAAAUCUUCACCAUGCAUGUCAAAGUUUAUGGUCACCGUUAGCAGUCUACUGUCAACUGCAACUUUUCUAGGCGUGCUUGCCGUCUUUUGCGAAUAACAAGCGAGGUCACGUCGGCCUUGCCGAUCUAUUACAUACUUCCAGCCAAUAUGAACAAUUUCCACGUUAAAGUUGAGUACCAAAAGCACGACGGAAAUCUCCGAAAUGACCCAACGCAAGUUACCAUACUUCGCUAAUAUUUGGCUAUUUCAAGUUUGAAAAGUCAAAUUGGCGAACACGUGUUUUCAGUAACUCUUCAUCAGGCCAAAACGGUUACAAUGAAGUUUAAGUUAUGCGAAUUACAUGACUUAUAAAUGAUACGGGGACAAUUAACAUCGAUCGUUCCCACGCCACUCGCAUCACGAGGCGUGCUAUGGCGUGGUCGGCGUGUCGUGGUCAUUGGGUUCAGGGGGCGAGGAAGAGGGGGGGGCAUAGGCUGUGAGUACGUUGGGUACCUUGUGCACACACCCUGGCAUCAGGAGGUUGGGGCGACUUUGGGGUCGGCGUCGGCCACGGAAGACAGAGACGUAUAAAAGUUGUACCUAAUCUGUGUGUCCAUACGAUUCAUGUUCAAUUCGUCCAACACGCACUUUUUUAAAUUGCCUUUAUUAUCCACACCUCUAUUUCCAGAUGUGACCGAGUAGCGUACUUGUGUUUAACUCCAAUGAGAGAUUCUUGUUUUUGUUGCUUUGAGUCGUCAACUACCUCCCGUAAUCUCAUCUCUUCUUUUACUAGGAUCUACCCUGAAUGAUCGGCAGGCCACCUUUAAACGCCCCGUUAUUCAAGCCGCCCUGUUCGCUAACUCCUUCAUGACAGGAAUUGCACUCUCAGUGUCUUUAGUCAAACUCUUCUGCCGCUAUUUGGAGGGUUUGAACGAGACGCUCUUAUCUACUACGGCCGAAUUCCAACGCCGAAAGAACAAGUUCGCCGCGGAAUGUCUUCUCAUAAUUUCGAGCAUGGUUCACCUGGCCCGCAGUGGUCUCAUCCCUCACCGCACUGACCCUGAUGUCAUUGAACGGAUGUGGCUCUGCUUGGUUGUACGUGAUUUACUCUCCCUAAAUUUACCUGUCCGCUUUUUCGUCGACUGGUGCUGAUGUCCUUUGUUUCAUACCGACUCACCCCUAACUGCCCUCGGUGGCCUCUUUUGUAGUGCCUGUUUCCUCACCCGUCCACCUUCCAGGCGUCCGACAUCUAGGGCCGAAUUUGCUCCAUGCACCACGGCAGAUUUUGGAUUUACCGCCUCGAACGUUCCAUCUCUUGUAGCCCACAUUUGGGCCACAAACGCUGGGAGGAUGGGUUGCUCUGCGGGGUCUGCUAGUGUGUAUAUCCUGCUGUUGGUUGGAGUUGCAUAACCUCUAAGGUUGAGGUGUUGCCAACAGCAAAGGCGUAGUUAAUUCUAACAACAAUGCUUGAUGUGCGAAAGCAUGCAUUCAGUUGUUCAUCCAGGGCAAUCAGCGUCCCAAACACGCGGGCGUUUGUGAUGGGGGUAGUCGUCGUUGGCAGCGUCCCUCGGCGUAGCCUCGACGUUCUUCUUGUCGCCGUAUUGAACUGAAAUAUGUCUGACAAGACCAAUACUGUCAUGCAAUGUGCAACUGCAGUGAUGGCACUAAAGGCGCUCGUCACCAAGGCGGAGCAAAUAUACAAUCAGUGGCUGACCUCUCUAUAAUCAGUGACUGCGAACGUUACCAACUGAUUGGCCGAUUCUGUUUUCCAAACGGAGGGUCAAGCUGCAAUGGCUCCUUCUCAAUAUCCCCUUUAUGCCAAUUCUAUGCGAGGAGAAAUCUAAGCCCGCCUCCCCCUUCGAUGCCUACUUUGUGUCACGGGUAGACCUGAAUUCGACCACAUCAUCAUCAUCAUCAUCAUCAUCAUCAUCAUCAUCAUCAUCAUCAUCAUCAUCAUCAUCAUCAUCAUCAUCAUCAUCAUCAUCAUCAUCAUCAUCAUCAUCAUCAUCAUCAUCAUCAUCAUCAUCAUCAUCAUCAUCAUCAUCAUCAUCAUCAUCCUCCUCAUCCUCAUCAUCCUCCUCCUCCUCCUCAUCAUCAUCAUCAUCAUCAACAACAACAACAACAACAACAACAACAACAACAACUGUUUGACAGGCUCGACCAAUGCGUGGGGAAUAAGGGGGGGAGAGAGAGAGAGAGCUAAGCAGACACUCGGAAAGGCAUUUUUGCGUACUACUAGCUUAUUCUCACAAAAAUCCAUCUUGCUUGAAUCCAUCACGGCGCGCUAAAUAUUGUAGCCCGAAGGGUUGUCAACUGACGUGAUAACUGGAUCCUUCUGAGGACGGCGAGUCAGGCCGCAGUGCCCCCCCCCCUCCUCCUUAAUGUAACCUUUGCGACGCUCUCGUCCAUACGAGAUUCAAGCCUGGUAAAUUCAUUGGGAGCGAAGUCGUGCGUGGCACGCGUAGAGCGGAUGUUUAGCUUUGUCAGUCCUUGCGUCCGUCCCCACCUCCGGCCAUCUUGACGUGGUCUUGCCAUCGGAGCAAGGUGUUGCAAGAGAGGGUGCGGCAGAGGCAUCGCGAGCCUCCCAUCGCCAUAAACGAAUUCUCGCGCCAGUGAUUGGUGCUGCGCCCAUUCCCUGGGGCACCUGGUGGGCGUCGUUGCUUGCAAAGAUCGAACCCUCGUGGACUUCGCCUUGCCAGCAAAUACACACGCCCCCAUCCUUCUAUUCAAAUAUGGUGGGUGCGCACAGUUCGCCACCCCCUUCGAGGGACAGUACUUGCCCUCGUCGCUUGUGACGGACGCACUACCUGGCGGUAUGUAUGAACUCUGAUCAGUCUUGGCAGUGACCACUAGAGUCCCUAUUAAUCAAUGCCUGACUCCCACUUGCCGUUGAUGACGUUUUUGGUUUGUUCUGCGCCACAGGUUAUAUCGCAAAUGAGUCCACUUCACUCUUUCUGUCUCCUAAAGGCGAUUGCGGAGGCCCGGCCGGACGUUAUUACCGUAGUGGAAAAACUUGGCCGUCACAGCCUCGGCGAACUACUGGACACGCAGGAUGCGGAGCAGAAGGCGAACGCCAAGAAGAAGCAGCAACAGCUAGCUGGCGACGAAGCAUCCGAAAAGACGGUCGAUGCCGGUGUUGACUUCACUCUUCUUUCCGCUGCUGCUGACGCUAAUGAGCAGGUUGACCAGUUUGCCCUGACACUCAGUCAGGCAUUGGGAUCUGCUACCAAACAGGGUGAUGCCUAUGCGACCUCUAAACUUAAAAAGGUAGUCUAUUUAGCUUAACCAGUCCACUGUUUUUACUUGUUGAUUUCAUGAACUCUCGUGCUGUUUGUCCUUCUUGUAACUUUAUUCAGAAAAAAACGCGAUAAGUUAACAGUUGGACAGGAUGGACCGGUCUCCUACUUGCACUUGGUAUCGUUAUAGUAAUAUCUGAUCCUUGCCUUGGCGGACUCUGUGAGGUCUGUUUUAGUUGGCUUCUUCGUCGCCUUCAGAUGAGCUGCGGCUUCGAAUCAGGCGCAGCAACCCUGAACUCACGGGGCGAGCCAUUAAGAAUGUUCAUUAGUCGACUGCACUGAGCCUGAUUCUGAGUUGACCUCUCCACAUAAACGAUGGCGUAAAACCAAGGAUGGAAACUCUGUGUUCAUGAGACGGACGAUGAAGAAUGUGCUCAAACCACAACAGUGGUCUUGCCUGGAUGCCACGAUAUCUCCUCGCGGUGCUACUGCACUAGUGUAAACUGUUUCCUCUGAGAUGAAGUUGGUAUCCUACACUCGUCUGGUGGUUAUCUGGCAACGGUGGUUUUGCACUUCUAGUUUUCCCCCGACUUAUGCGUGCACUGUCCAACUUUCGGAACUGUGUAGAUGGACUGACCGGACGGACGCCUGGUACUCGCGAAUCUUGAGGCGAUGGAGGUUUCGCGACGAGGGCGUAGCCACUUAGGGUUCGCAAAAACUCGCAAAGAUAAUGUCGUUCUUGCUGCGUCAAUUUUUCAACUGCUUCACCUAGACAUACUCUAAACUGUUCACUUCUUCAAGCUGACAGCCAUUAAUCCCGAAAGACCUUGUCUUGGCCAGGGAUGCAGCUCGAAAACACUGACCUUCUCGACGUUCACGAAUAAGCAGGCUGAUUUGACAACGUCGUUCACCCCAUGACACCACAGACAGUAGAACGUUUAAGUUUGAGGCUAGCAGAGGACAGGGGAGCGAUGGGUCGUCAGUCGAAGUUGGGUGGGCGCCUGAGAUUCUCUCGCCAACUCAACCUUGGUCGAGUUAUCAGUAUUAAAGCCGCCAUUCACGUCGAAAUGGAGUCGCUUAAAGCAAAGAACCUAACGCCGCUUUGUCAACUAAGUUGAUGAAACUUUAAAUUAUCGCAGACGUCCGAUGACCGCUCCAUAGAAGUCGCGACUUCGUCCCGCGUACCUUUGCGGUCAUCUUUAGUUGACUCUGUCGUCGCUUUUUGAAGUUUGCGGAGGAAAUUUUUUGGUGCGAGACCUAAGCCGAAUUUUCUAGACAAGCAACUGUGAAAUUCUUGAGCUGAACCAGUUUACCACCCCUCCCCUCCUUACGCGCCCUCUAGUGUUUUCAACCAUCACUUAUCGUAUCUGAUCUGCGUAUGGAUCGAAAUUUUGUCGCAACCAAUGUUUGUCUCUCAUAAAUUCAUUAUACUUCGUUGCAUCAAAUUUGAAUCAUGGCGUCAUGCUAUAUGGCCUGAAUUUGUUGAACAGCACUCUAUUGAUGAGACCGAAUUCUGGACAUGUCAUGUUUAUCUCACUCGUUUCAAAUUCACGAUAAUCUUCCCUCUAAUUGGUAGUCAACGAACAUAUACAUGAUUCGCAUCGAAAAGUGCUGUCAACUGUAACCUGACGAGCCGAGCAUGAAUUUGUCACAGCUGCUGUGAAGAUCAUCAGAAAAUCUGUCGUGCGGCUUCUCAUAGAAACGGUCAAGAUCGUCUAGCAUGCUUUUCGGCAAGACCGCUUCUUCAUGCUUACAAUGAUCAAUGUAGCGAAGCAGAAAUAUACCCUCUCUUCUAGUAUUAUAUUUUAAGAAGGCUUGAUGAGCUUCCAAAUGAGUACAGGGGCAUAGAAAAUCAAUAGAAAAAAUCCAUACAGCUUGAGUAGUCAUUUUUUGCCUAGUGUGCUUUUUGCCGACGCCGAAAAGAAGUGCAUUCCAAAGCUGGCGCCCUGUCGUGACUGAAAUAUCUGGGCAUAACGUUGCAUGAUAAUCAAUAUUAAAACCUCACCCAAGUAAUUUUUUAGUCGAAAGACUUUUCGGAAUUUCGGUUAACAUUCCAUGAGACCAGUCACUGACUGGGUGCUUCAGACGAUGUGGAUGCAACGUCCCACAAAACUUUUACACAGAAUAACAAACCUACUAAAGGGCUAUUAGUAGCGUGGCAUUCUCACUUCAACUCUUGACCAUCUUAGUCAGGGUCUUCGAAGGCAUGACGUAGUAUCCUCAAAAUGAUUAAAUUACGUCCACUUGUUCGUUUUGACGUCUGCGUGCUUUCGUAUUUGAAUAACUUCUCUCACCGUUUCAAUUGCAGAUACAUCAACUAACCGGUUUUUCGGACCCGGUUUACGCUGAGGCCUUUGUGAGUGUCAAUCAGUUUGAUAUUGCCCUUGAUGUGCUGUUGGUGAACCAGACGAACGACACUCUGCAAAACCUGACCCUCGAACUCUCUACCCUCGGCGACUUGAAGUUGGUUGAGAAACCCCGACCUCUGACUUUGGCUGCCCAGGAUUUCGCCAACAUUUGUGCCAACAUAAAGGUGCGUUGCUUUGUCAAAUUAUUCUCCGCGGCUAUACUCCGAUAUUUUUAAACAGUCCUAUUCCUUGGCCUUACGAACAAUGCUCUUCUUUCAGGUCUCCUCCACCGAAAAUGGCAUCAUUUUCGGCAAUAUCGUUUACGACAUUCGGGGUUCUGCUGGCGAAUCCAACUACAUUGUUCUGUCCGACAUCCAUAUCGAUAUCUUGGAGUACAUUCAACCCGCCUCCUGCUCCAAUUCUGAAUUCCGACAAAUGUGGUCCGACUUUGAGUGGGAGAACAAGGUUUGUCGUGGGAAGAUACGGCGGGAUGCACUCAUCACUAUAAGCACGAUAAUCGCAUCAAAACCCCUUUUUGCUUGGCCUCUUUUACUUCGCCGAUGAUUUUAUCACCACUUAGUAACUUGAAAGCCGGUUUGUCGGAGCAGCUAUUGAAGAUAGAUGCAAGGAUUGGUUAUUCGAGCCGACUGAGAAAAUAGAGCACAGGGACUCCUGAAAUACGGGAUGUUAGUAUUAGUUUUUCACAGUUGGGUCAAUAUAAAUUAUUCAAAGUCUGCCAAAAUAUCUAUGAAUUAGGUGAGCCUGGUAGUCACCUGGUGUAUUCUAGGUGAAUUACUUAGGAACUCCUGUUUGGGCAGUCAACUUACUGUAUCAGAUUUGGUGGAUUCCAGACGUUGCAGUAGGUUGGGCCGGUAACUUGACCCAAACGUGAUUAAACUCGCGUCGUCCGGCAAGGCCUCGUAGCUCAAGUGGUUAGAGCGUUGGCCGUGCUAAAGCCUUCCCCUUACUGCGUGGGUUCGAAUCCCACCGAGGCCUCUUUUCUUUCCCCCGACGCCUUUAUCACCACUUAGCCCGUUUAUAGGAGCAGCUACUGAAAAUAGAAGCUAGGGUUGGUUAUUUGAGUCCACUGGGAAAAUAGAGCACAGGGACUCCUGAAAUACGGGAUCACAGCACUAAUUUUAUCGGUAGGGCAGACGGGCGCAGCAGUUAGCGGAGUCUGUAGAAGCAUUGAAAAAAACUCACAUUCAUGCCAUAUGCUUGUUUUAUUACUCCAUCGAGGUGGCGGAGCAGACCAUGCAGUUUAACGAAUGUGAGUUAGGGGCGUGUCAACGGGCGAAACGCAGGUAAUCCAAGGUUGCUAGUUCAAGAGGCCUGAUUGGGCGAGACAGUAUGCGCCAGGCGGACUUAACUCUAACUUUUUGACCUAAUUUUUCAAUCGUCUUCCUUAAGCUUAUGCGGAAACCCCAGUGUGGCAUGGCUACCGAACUCAGAUGAGUAGACGUGUUGUAGAAGUGAAAACAUAGGCCCGCAUUUCCAAUAAUUGCUGAGAUAGGAGGCAGCCGAAAACUAAUUACCCUCAGACGGAAUCGACCAGUCGACCCUCGCAUUCGUGUCAGGUGCUUCGCUGUUGCCAAUCAUGCGAACCAAACGAUAGCUCAUCCCUCCCAAUUCUGAGUGCGAACAUAAGUUCAGUCUGAAUGAAUGUUUGGCUAGGACUUCUGCAAGGCAGGCAUCGUGUGUGCGGAACAAGUAGUCUUAUAAUGCCUUCGACAUCUGGUUAGUGGAAUAUUUGGUCCUUUUUACCCCUCUCCCCCCUCCCCCUCCGUCUUUAUGUUUGGCUUUGUCCUGAAGAACUCUUGCCUAGGGGCAAUGGGAGCUACUCCAGAACGCCUCUUUGACCUCGGUUAUUCAGAGUUAGCUGGAUUAGGUCCCUUUAUGAACGUUUUUCAGCAUAACACGAGACCUCUAGAUAAUAAAUCGUGCUUGUUUAAGGUCAUAAAGAAAUACCCUAUCAUAGGAUGCGUCUUGAUUCUAUCGCACUCUCUGUGUAUCUUUUUUGCCCAUAACUCAAACCCAUGUCAUUUUCUUUCUCCUAGGUGACUGUCAAUACUCAGGUGACGGACUUACGCACCUACAUGUCCUAUGUAACUAAGAUCACCAAUUUCCGAUGUCUAACGCCACCUGAGGCUUUGCGUGGUGAUUGCAACUACUUCUGUGCCACCCUCUACGCAUGCAGUGUUUUCGGUGAGCAUGUUCUAGCCAGCCUUUGCUUGGAGAAGCCGGCUGAUGAUCAGCCCGUCAGUGGCCAUGUCCGCAUUCGUGCAAAGACGCAGGGCAUGGCGGUGACCAUGGGCGAGAAGGUAUGUUCUUGGUUUUGACAUUUGUGUGGCUGUGGCAAUUAUUCUUAAGGAUACUAUUUUGUUAAAAGCUCGAUUUUAGGUGCUUUAUCUGAACAGGGACAACUUGGCAGACCUCUGGCUGCUUCAUUUUACUAUCACCAUUAUUAUUAUUAUUUCUAGGAAGUUUUAUGAAGUCAAAACGCCACAUAAAGGAAGCAGUUCACACUCUGCUUAAGACAUGAGACUCGUCAAAUAAAUCUCAUUGAGAAUUCUUCGUUCACCGAUAAGAAUCGAGAUCAGGCGUCCAGCUAUCUGAGCCGAGGUUUCAUCCUCCACUGCCGUAAACGUGCCAUUCUGUCGCAAAUACUUGAAUCCUAGCCCACUAAAAGUCAGCAAUUGAUACUUUCCUCACUACGGAUAAUUUGGUGAGCCGUUGUGUCGUUGCUUUAGACCUAGAGUAGGAUCAAACGGGCUUGUGGCAGGCGCUGCGCGGAAGCCCAGAGUCACGCCAGCCACUGCAUCAGUUUUCAUUGUCGCCUAUAUGUUUGCGAAGAACUUGCCACCAGUGCAUGGUUGAAAAAGAAGAGAGAGGGAGGGAGAGAGCGGAACCGGUGGAACGCGGGUCUAGCGCACAAGUCCUUUUUAUGGACAUCGUGACGCACCUUGGAAUGUUACAACACGCCAAAAUAUCAUGAUCUGAAAGACUGCUGACGAAUGAACCCGAUAUUUCAUGGGACUGGUAAUCACGCUGUAAUGGCUCCCUGGUGUGGUUUUUAUGGCAACGGUUUCGACUGUGGGUUGCCAGACCGCCUUCUUUAGGUCCAGCAUGUUUGCGUUUAAAGGCAUCUUCUCUUUGUCAUGCUGUUGGAACUUCCUUCGUGUGUGUAGAGGACGCGAGACGCAGAUGCUGCACAAGUGUCCUUUCCUACAGCACAACUCGUACGUACUUACCUUCCGUCUUUCCAGGCAGGGGUUGCUUUCAUUGGGUUAGAUGGGCGAGUCGGCAGUUUGGCCGUCACGAGCGGCGCAGCCCCGCGGAGUGGACGCAGCGUCAGCGACCAGCGCGUAAGUUAGUUUAUAGUAGGACAGACUUGCACAGCAUCCGUCGCUCCCUCCCUUAUCUCACCACUUCGCUCCGAUUGCAAGACAAUUCAAAACAACUGAAGGUGGGUGCGGGUGCUGUGGCUGAUAAGGCCAAACAGCUUGGUCCUCCCUACAUAUACCAGGCUUUUGUAAGGGCGGCUCGGAUCUCACGUGGCAAUUGCAAUCUGACUCUCCGUCCUUUAUUAGCUUCGAAACACCUCGUGCGGAUUUGAUUAUUCCGUCUGUUGACAACUUUUCAGGCCAUGUUUCAAGCGUUGUAGAUGGACGAAGUACCACGUAGCGAAACGCCUAUCCUACCUGCUAGAAACCUGUACUCGAUUUCGUGCAAGUCAUAGAAGUUUGAUUGAGCAAGAUCUGCCUCAGUGGGCCUCCCUGAGUAUUCGAAGGAGAAGUUAUUACAUAUAUUUGGCGAUUUGAACUUACUUCAGCGUUGACAUUACUUGCUGAAAUGCAGCCUUUAAGCAGACUCCAACCCUCUCCUACCUACCCCUUUUCUGCUCUGAAAAAAACCCCUGCGAUGCCUUUAUAGAUCAGUUCUGCGCAAAAGCAGUGGCACGAUGCGAAACCCGGCACUGUAAAUGGCAAACUGAAGGACACUCCUAAAGCUCCCGUCAGUCCGCUGGAGACCGCUCCGCAGAUUGAACUGUGA